AUGUGGUAUCUCAAAAAUACCUUCGGAAUUGUAACACUUCAAGUUGGUAUCAUUUCAUUCAGUUCAGUGUUUAUCACUUUGGCAGCAAGUACUUUACUAGUUAAUGCAUUGGCCCUAGAUACAUCAGAACCAAUGGCAUGGCUGAUCAUGUUUGUGUUUACAAGUACUAUGGUUAUAAUAUGGUCCAUUGCUUUCAACGGGGCUUCCAAAGAACUACAACAUUUAAUUUCAACGGCUACUGUAUUUUGGGCAGUUUAUUUUGUACUAUGGAAUGUGUUAGUUAUAUGGUCAUUUCUUCAACAAAAUAAGAACAUUUGUAUCGAAGCUAGAUGUCCAAAUGCGUUAUGGUUAAUAAACAAUUAUUCAGGGUAUGAAUUAAAACAUAGUGCAAAUGAAAAAACAAAUUCAAGUAAUUCUAAAGGAUUAGAGUUAACAAGAGUUAAACCGUUAAUCGAACAAAUGGAAGCUAAUAAUGAUACAAUUAGUACACACACGGCGAAAAUAAAUCAACGCAAUUUAAUUUUAUCCGCGAUAUUAACAAUUUUGUAUACAAUUGUAUUACUAUACUCAUGGACGAUUUUAUUCAGUUACCGAAAAGAAAUUCAGUGCGAAAUAAAUUCACAAACACAAUGA